AUGCCCGCCAAACCAAUCCUCCAUCCGUUGCGGACGCCCAAGAACAUGACGUUCCCCUCGGAACUCCAACCAGACAAUGGAGUCCGACUAGGUGCUCCAGGAAAGCAACAAGAUGAGAGUCUCUCAACACCUAUCACACCUCCCGCCGCAUAUACCGAGUUCCUGAAAUCAUUCACACCUGUCUUCACUCCCGAUGGCAACGGAGGUACCGUCACCCGCUUCGUCUGGGACAAGGCCAACAAGACCCCCACAUCCCAACCAGCCAGCGCAGUCAGUGGUUCGUUCAGCUUCCCCGAACCAACCAGGCCAGCUACAGCAACAUUACCCCCUCCAUCUCCCUAUGGAAGUGCACCGCACAGUCGUGACAUGAUGAGUCUGCGCCGCUUGCGCAUCCCGCCGCCAAUGCGGUACUCACCUACGUUGGAGACGCCGCGCAGUGCGACGACGCCCGUCCUAUCACCGUACUCUUACACCUACUCCCCGGCCGAUUGGAAGAUGCGCUACUGGGAUGGCCCUCGGAGUGCGACGGUGGGGAGAGUCAGCGUGCGUCAUGUUGUCACUCACACGGUGACGUAUAAGCGGACGCAACUUGAGGAUCCGCCCAAGGGGAAGCGGAGAAAGCAUAAUGAGACCAAGCAGGAGGAGGAUGAGGAUUCCUAA